AUGGUACUAACUUGAGCUGAUUACGAAUGCCAUGGCGUCUAUCGGCCCGCAACUCCCUCCACACCUCCAGAAGCGCAAGCGUGAAGAUGACUCGGAGCUUGGCUCGCUUCGGCCUAAGACCGACAUCAUUGCCCUCGACUCUGACCCCGACGACCACGACACAGCCGGCCAAGUGCCACCACCCAAGCGCGUCCUCGGCCCAGCACCACCACCUGCGCCCCUCUCCGAACGUCCACCAACCGGUCCCGCCUUCGACCCAGUUUCCUCAGAGGACGGCGACGACGACGACGACGAAUGGGGCCCGGCGCUGCCGGGCUCCUCUACCAACUCCAAAUCCCGCGGCCCAACCAUCCCUGCAAUCAGCACAUCCCGACUCGAAACCCCAGCUGCUCCCAAACGCGACGACUGGAUGCUGGCACCCCCGGCCAGCAGCGGCGCCCGCGCUCCCGACCCAACCAAGCUCAAAGCGCGCAAGUUCGCUAGCGGACCCCGCGCCGCAACAGAGGUCAAGCCAGCAGGCAUAUCCUCCAUCUGGACAGAGACGCCCGAGGAAAAAGCGCGCCGGCUCGCCAAUUCCGUGCUAGGGCGCGCAGAUCCCAACAACCCAGUCUCUUCUGCCCAACCCACCACCGCGGGACCGUCGCAACAACAGCAUAGCGCCAGAAAAGAGGACGAGGCGCGCAUCCGGUCCUACAUCGAGCAGACGAGGGGGAGGAGCCUGAUGGAGGAGCACCAGGCCGCGAAACGGGCGACCGGUAAAGGCGCUGCUGCUGAGGAUGACGAGGAGGAUGACCCGAGCAAGCGCGCUUUUGACUGGGAAAAGGACAUGAAAGUGGGCGGGAAGAUAAGCAACGCGCAGCGGAAGGAGUUGUUGAAUAGGGCGGCGAACUUUGGGGGUAGGUUCCAGAGUGGCAAGUACCUGUAGGCUUGCGCGACGGUUGGGCUACGCGUUGAUCUUGGGGCUGUGGUUGGCUUC